AUGAGCUGUUCCCCUCCGGAUCAGAGGCUGGAGCAGCUGCUCAGUGCUGUAGAGAGCGAGUUUCAGAAGGGCAGUGAGAAAGGAGACACCUCGGAGAGGGACAUUAAACUCAGCCUGGAGGACUCCGAGCUGUGGAGCAAGUUUAAAGAGCUCACUAAUGAGAUGAUUGUCACCAAGACUGGAAGACGGAUGUUCCCGGUACUCAGGGCAAGUGUUAGUGGUCUGGACCCCAACGCCAUGUACUCGGUACUGCUGGACUUCGUGGCUGCAGAUAAUAACCGCUGGAAAUACGUGAACGGAGAGUGGGUUCCAGGUGGAAAACCGGAGCCGCAGAGCCCCAGCUGUGUGUACAUCCACCCUGACUCACCCAACUUCGGAGCCCACUGGAUGAAAGCGCCUGUUUCCUUCAGCAAAGUCAAACUGUCCAACAAACUCAAUGGAGGGGGACAGAUUAUGUUGAACUCUCUGCACAAGUACGAGCCGAGGAUCCACAUCGUGAAGGUGGGCGGCAUCCAGAAAAUGAUCAGUAGCCAGUCUUUCCCAGAGACUCAGUUCAUAGCUGUUACUGCCUACCAAAAUGAAGAGAUUACAGCGCUGAAGAUCAAACACAACCCUUUUGCUAAGGCCUUCUUGGAUGCUAAAGAGAGGAGUGACCACCGGGAGGCCCAAGAUCAAAGCAAUGACAAUCAGCAGUCUGGCUACUCGCAGAUUGGUGGCUGGUUUUUGCCCAGUAAUGGGCCCAUCUGCCCCAGCAAUAGCCCACCCCAGUUCAGUGGGUCCCCAGGUCACUCCUCCAGCUCUUACUGUGAGCGCUAUUCCAGCCUGCGGAGCCACCGAGCAUCUCCAUACCCCAACCAUUACCCUCAUCGCAGCACUACCAACAACAGUUACAUGGAUGGCUCAUCAGGGACUAUUCCAACCCAUGACAACUGGUCAACCUUGCAAAUCCCUAAUUCUAGUGGAAUGGGCACUCUUGCUCAUACCACCAACUCCACCUCCAACACAAGCCAGUACCCCAGCCUGUGGUCUGUGGCUGGGACAGCCCUCACCCCGUCUGGCUCAGCUUCAGGCUCCAUUGCUGGGGGUCUAACCUCUCAGUUCCUGCGAGGCUCCUCUGUGUCUUACUCAGGUCUGACCUCUCUACCCGUGUCUUCUCCAUCGUCCAUGUACGAUCCAAGUCUGACUGAAGCGGGAGUGGCUGAUGCCCAGUUUGAGACCUCCAUUGCUAGGCUUACAGCUUCCUGGGCACCUGUAGCACAGAGCUACUGA